GGGGGCGGGAGUGGGGGAGGGAGCGUCAGGGAGAGAGAGCCCCAGGAGAGUACACACGUGUGUGUAUGUGUGUGUGUGUGUGUGUGUGGGUACAGACACACGGAGGGAGGGAAAGAAGAGGGAAGGAGGCGUUGAGGCAUCUCAGACGCAGGCGCGAGGAGUCGGGGGACCUGGUGAGAAAGUUACCGGGGGAGAACAGGGGCCGGAGCAGGAGCUGGUUACCUCCCACCCCUCCUGGAAAAGCGCCGCCUGCUAGGGAUCCAGGCAGGAGUCGCGCACCGUACCGCGGGCCCGGGGCUUGUUCGGGGCGCAGCGCGAGCCCCCCGCCCUGACCGCCCAGUCCCCCGGGCCGUUUUGCCACCUGCGCUUUGCACGCCGGAGGAGAGCGAGUGGCUGAACUUGGCUUAAGGAUGCUGGCGGCCGGAGGGGUGACGCUCGGGCGCGGAACCUCGGGCACCCCUUAAGGCGGCCAGCCCCGGGACCCCUUCACGCCCCGGGCAGGCUGCGGGGGCCGUCAGCUAGCCGCGAUCGCGCCCUCCGGCUGAAGCCUGAGCUCCCCUCGGCGGCGCCGCAGCGGCGGCGCCCGGAGGGGCCACGCUAACUGGAGGCGGAGGUCGGUCCCGCAGGUAGCGGGUGGGGGGCGUCCGAGCGAGCCCCAGGGCUCUCCAGGAAGCCGCCGGCGGCUCCUCCUUUUCGCCCCGGGGCCAUGGCUGGCGUGGAGCGCAGGAUGGCAGCUGGGCUCUGAGCGCUCUGGGCGCUCGCCUCUUCCCCUUUCGGACUCCCCCACUGACUUCGGCUCCGGGCCAUGAAGACCUCCCCGAGAGCUGCUCGCCUUUGAGACCUCCCUCUGCCCUUUCCGGCUCUCCCCGAAGUCGCGGCUCGGCCUCAGGGGUCCCUGCCCGUCUCCCCCCGCUCCGGACGCGGGUGUCCCGGCGAGGCGCUCGCUCCGGGAUGGCGCCGCCGCCGCCGCCGCCGCCUCCCGCGCGCCGGCUCCAGGGGCUUCUCCAGUCCCGCAAAGUUCACCGGAGGCGGGAGAUGUGGCUGCAGCAAGUUGGCUUCAUCUGCGGGGUCCUGUCCUUGGCGUGGUGCGCGGCCGGUCUGCUCUCCAGCCUCGGACAUGAAACAAUUUCUAAAGGCAAACAUCGAUUCCCUGAAAUAUGGAGGAACAGAAAAUUGAUGGCAUCAGUUAAUGGAACUCAGGAGGCUAAAAAUUGCACUGAUCCUGCAAUCCAUGAGUUCCCCACAGAUUUGUUUUCCAAUAAGGAACGGCAGCAUGGAGCAGUCUUGCUACACAUUCUUGGAGCACUUUAUAUGUUCUAUGCCUUGGCUAUAGUGUGUGAUGACUUUUUCGUUCCUUCAUUGGAAAAAAUCUGUGAGAAACUUCACCUGAGUGAAGAUGUCGCUGGAGCCACAUUUAUGGCUGCGGGCAGCUCUACACCGGAGCUCUUUGCUUCUGUCAUAGGUGUAUUCAUCACACAUGGCGAUGUAGGGGUCGGCACUAUUGUUGGCUCUGCCGUGUUCAAUAUUUUAUGUAUAAUUGGAGUUUGUGGAUUGUUUGCAGGACAGGUGGUCCAUCUGACCUGGUGGGCAGUGUGCAGGGAUUCUGUGUACUACACCCUUUCUGUCAUCGUUCUCAUUGCAUUCAUCUAUGAUGAGGAAAUUGUAUGGUGGGAAGGUCUCGUGCUCAUCAUUAUGUAUGCAUUUUAUAUACUUAUCAUGAAGUACAAUGUGAAGAUGCAAGCCUUUUUUACAAUCAAACAAAAAAACAUUGCCAAUGGAAACACAGUGAACAGUGAGCUGGAGGAUGGUAAUGAUUACUAUGACAUUAGCUAUGAUGAUCCUUCCGUGCCAUUGCUAUGGGAAGUGAAGGAGAAGCCGCAAUAUGGCAAAAAUCCAGUGGUGAUGGUGGAUGAAAUCAUGAACUCCAGUCCCCCCCAGUUCAGUUUCCCUGAGGCCGGAUUACGCAUAAUGAUCACUAAUAAAUUUGGGCCCAGGACCAGGCUACGGAUGGCAAGCAGGAUCAUAAUCAAUGAGCGCCAGAGACUGAUUAACUCUGCCAAUGGAGUGAGCAAGCCACUGCAGAAUGGCCGACAUGAGAACAUUGAGAAUGGGAACGUGCCCGUGGAGAACCCGGAGGAGCCCCAGCCACAGCAGCAGCAGCAGCAGCAGCAGCAACAGGAACAGCCAGAGCCCGAGGCCACUGAAACAGAUUUCCUCUCUCCCUUUUCCAUGCCAGAGGCACCUGCGGACCGAGCAAAGUGGAUUUUCACCUGGCCCCUGAUAUUCCUGCUGUUUAUCACCAUCCCAAACUGCAGCAAGCCACGCUGGGAGAAGUUUUUCAUGGUCACCUUUGUCUUCUCCACCCUUUGGAUCGCUGUGUUUUCCUAUUUAAUGGUGUGGCUGGUGACUAUUAUCGGAUACACACUUGGGAUCCCAGAUGUUAUCAUGGGCAUUACCUUUCUAGCAGCAGGAACAAGCGUACCAGACUGCAUGGCCAGCCUAAUUGUGGCCAGACAAGGCCUUGGAGAUAUGGCAGUAUCUAAUACCAUAGGGAGCAAUGUAUUUGACAUCCUUGUGGGACUGGGAAUACCGUGGGGACUGCAAACCAUGGUCAUUAAUUACGGAUCAACUGUAAAAAUAAACAGCAAGGGGCUGGUCUAUUCAGUUGUCCUAUUACUCGGAUCUGUUGCUCUUACUGUGCUUGGUAUCCAUCUAAAUAAAUGGAGACUUGACAAGAAACUUGGCAUCUACGUGUUGGUGCUGUAUGCCAUUUUCUUGUGCUUCUCAAUAAUGAUAGAGUUUAACGUCUUUACUUUCGUCAACUUGCCAAUGUGUCAAGAAGAUGAUUAAAGUAGAGCCAGUGCCCCUGGGAGGGAGGCCAAGCUGUCUUUGAGACCUUACACAGAGGGCGUUUUACUUCUCUGAAUUUCCAUCCCAAAAUAUGAGCGUCUUUCCUCCAUCACCAGCUGGAGGUCCACCCUUUCACUUGCUGGGAGGAGGAGUCCAUGAGGACCUUCGGUGGGUUACAGGAACUCUCCUCGGUGGAGUUUUUUUUUCUCAAGGUCACUGAUAAGGAGAAAAAGCCCUAAAAGGGGUCUCCCAAAAUACUGAGCCACAGGGUCCAGGAGGGAUAGUUAGGGUCUCCCUUUGGACACUACCGUGAGUGAGACUAGUGUGUUCCCCUUCUCUCCAAUCUGUUUCCCUCAGCACACAGCAUUUGUCUUCCCCUGCCUUGCAUUAAUGCUUUUGGAAACAAAGCGGUCCUCUAAGUCAGAAUUCUCUUUGGCUGCAUUCAAAGAACAAACUAAUUUAACUGCUGGCCUGGGAAGCCAAAUUACGUGACACGGCAUGCACUGUUGAAAACUUUCACUUCCCCUGGAAAGGCUUGAUUUAUGGAGGCCUGUGUCAUCGGCGUGUUGGAGCAUUCGGCAAUGACAUUGAACAUGUUAUCACUUGUCUUGAAACCUUUGAAGAAUACGCACAAUUCUUACGGUGGAAGAUGGAAAAGUGGCGACUGCCAUCACCUCUCAUGAUGCACUUGGAGCAGGAUCUAUGAAAUAUUAAAAAAUAGCGCUCUGCAGAUAAUCCCAAUUGAAUAUGUCAUACCUCCUGAAAGGAACAUAGUAGAAAACAAAAACAGUCACGCUUGUGGGAAAGCAAGCCUAAAUAUAACAUUUUCACUGGCACUAAAAAUUUAAGCUAGAGAUAGAGAAGACCGUUAAAAGAAAAAAAAAGAACAACUUUAAAAUCAAAUUGGGUGCUAACUCAGUAAUACAAUGGAAAUCGUCACAAAUAGCUUAAAAAUGUGUUUCUUAACAUAAAUAUGCGCUAUCUCUUCUCUAGGAUGAGUUGCAACAUCAAUUUCAGUUUAUCAUUGCAUCGUUAACACUCUACUAUUAAAGCUAGGCCAUUUGUCAAAACAUUUAAUUGUUGAGAUGCUCCACCAGUUUAUGAUAUAUCUCCAUGCUCUGUGAAGCAGUGCCACGAAUUAGUGAAGAGUGACAAGAUUAGAAAUGUCCUGGCCCACAGAUCCCUUCAUCUGUGUAGGUAAAGGCAACUAUUAAAACCAUAAUUUAAAGUUCCAAGUUACUUAAACCUCAUGGUAUAUUUUAUGUAAGAUGCCAGAGAUGGUUCAUCAAUUCAAAAUAGAUUCAACAGUAUAGUUAAUGUUUUUUUUAAACUGCUAUGUAGCUCUGAAAUAGAUAUUUAAAGAUUUAUUAAAAAUAAACCAUUCAAGCUUUCUUGAAAAAGCACAAUUAAUUUUCUACAUAGAUUUUUUUUAUUUUUUUAAUGUUUAUAUAGCAGAAGUCUAUAUAAGAUUAUUAAAUAUUUGAUGCAUUUUUAAUAUCUGAAUAUUUUGCACUUAACAGUAAUAAGAGCUACCCGUGAUCAUUUCAAGAAAAUCUUAUUUUAAAAGCCCAUAAGAAAACAGCCCUCAGUGAGAAAAAGAGUUAGUUUAGGCCAAAUAGGGAAUUCCUGAAGACCUACCCUGAUCUAUAUAUUAUGCUUAAGGGUUUGGGGGGUUGGGAGUGGGAUAGUUAAAGGCAUGAGCACAUUUUUCUGUGCCUCUUCUGAAUUUGGUAGCCUGAAUUUUCAUAGGAAGAAGCAUUCAUGUGUUUCUCUCAUUAUUUCCGUUUAGUAUGCAUGGGUCUAAGAAGGGAGUAACUGAUGCAUUCAUUAUCCCAUUCUCCCUUCUGAUUCUAAAACAGUAUUAGUAGUUAUACCAAGUAGAGGCUUUAAGAGGGAUGGUAUCUAGAUACUGGACUAUCCAGUUCAUUAGUGAACCAGAAGGCUUUGUAAAUAAAUAAGUAUAUAGAGAGUUGAGGAUCCCUUCCCUGUGGUGAAUGAUAAAAACAGACGAGUUUUCUCAAAAUAGAGAAAAUCGUGUAUAAUUCUAACUUACAGCAUGGUUCCUGUGGAAAUAAAUCUUUGUUUAUUCAGGUUUAAGUCAAACUUCAUCAAAUACUUGAAUGCUCUAUAAGUUCUCAAGGUCACAUCCUACCAUUGUUCCUCACUCAAAGAUCUUGCUGAGGAUUGCAAUUGACUGUUAGCAAAAUGUCAGAAUAAGACCCAAGCUGCAUGGUCCCAGCCAAGAGGAAUAGUCUGUUGAUAUAGAAAAAAAAAAAAAAAAUACCAUACUGGGGCAACAUAAAGAGUUCUAAAUCUAGAAUUAGCAAACCUGGGUUUUGCCACUAACUUGCUGUAUGAUCUUGAACAAAUUACUUUUAUUCUCUGGGUCUAAAUUACCUCAUCUACCAAAUGAGAGUGGAACUAAAAAAUCUAAUCUGUGUCGUAGAAUCUAUUUGUCACCCACCACCAUCCAAUUGCCGAUUUACCUUUAUGAGGAAAUUCUAAUUAUAAACUUCCUCAGAAAAUAAAUUUGAGGUGGGUAGUUGUUUUUUUUAAGUAGUCUAUGAUCAUGAUUCUUUUAAGACUAUAAUUACAAGUACACUAUGACUUCCAAGUAGAAAAUAACAAAUGUUUUUAAUUUAUGAAGUUCUUUUCUUUAGUUUCCUUCUGAAUUCAGCGUGCCAAUGGAACUCCCUUAAAGCCUAUAUAUAUAUUUGUUAUAUAUGUGUAUACAUAUGCUUUAGGUGAAAAUAUUAUUUUUAAACUGAAGCAUAAAUUAAGCACCAGAGCAAUACAUAUCAAAUGCAGAUUUGAAAGAAUUGUUUGAAUAACUAGGGUUUCAUUUUUAAAACAUCUUUUACCACAGCCUUUCUUUUAUUCCUGGAGCUGAUUAGCACAUGGAAAUAUAUAUUCCAUAAAUAAGGAAAAUGAAAAACAUAUAUAUUGUCUUAAGGAAGAAGAAUAGCUAUUUUACCAAUAUAGAAGUUGCCUAUAAUAUAACAAUCUGGCUGUUCUGUCACCUCCAUUGCAUGAAGGUGUGGGACUGACUGUUUAAGAAGUACUAUAUUUGGAGUCACAGAUAUUUGGAUGUCCAAUCCUAGUUCUUCUAUUUAAGGUCUGAGUCACUUUUACCUCUCUGGGUCCCAGUUUCCUGACCAGUAAAAUCAGGAAGUUGGACUUGGUUAAGUGACCUCAUAGUUCUUCCCAAUGCUAAACGCUAUAGACUGAUUCAGGCUGUGUUCCCUGUUCUUGCUUUGGGAAAUUUAAGGGUGGUUUGGGUAUCUGGCUUAGAGCUGAGUUCUGGACCAGUAGUAGUAGGCAAAUUGUACACAUUUUACCAUUUUCUCCCUUGGUUGAGUUAGCACCCUCUCUGUUUUCUGUUAUCAUCCUAUAGUAUGCAAUCUUCCAACAAAAUACCCAACCAAUCUCAGGCUUGCCUUGUUAGCUUUCUUUAUGAAAUUUCCCCCUUCAUCUUCUGUUUUGACUGAACUUGUUUGAAGUCUGUCAUGGUAUUAUUUGCUCAUCACCCCUGCAAACUGGGAGACUUGAGGCUGGUAGACCAUGAGUUCAGGAGUUCCAGUUACAGUGGAUUGAAACUCUUGGAUGUCCGUAUUAAUUUGGGCAUUAAUUAUUAAGGGGGGAAAGAGGGAUCUUGGGCUCAUCCAAGAAGAAAAAAAACAUGAAGCUCCCAUGCAGUGGCGAGUGAGCUCAGCCACUUGCAGCCUAGAUAAAGAGGAAAACCCAGCUUUUUAUUUUGUUUUAUUUUAUUUUAUUAAAAGAAGAAGAGGCACUAAAACUGUUUGGUUAAUUUGUGUUAUUAUCAUCCAUGUUUCCUCUUCUUUCUCUUUUUGUUGUUGCUGAACCUAGGGUAGCAGACAGAAUAUUAAGUAAUCAUUAAACAGCUCACUUGACCAAAAAGGAACAUCUGUGGCACCGUGGCAAUUUGUAGAUGGAGGACCUGGGUUCAAAGUCCAGCCUUACUACUUUGUUGCCACAUGUGUGACUUCAGAUAAGCCAUCCUAACUCUUACGCCCACAAUUUCUUCCUCUAUAAAAUGAAGGAGUUCAAUUAAAUAGUUUUGAAAGUCCCCAGAAUUGAUGAUUAUAAGUUUAUCUUUCAUUGCUAAAUUCCUCGGUGAUCAUAAUAUGGAAUCUACAUCAUUGUCAGAGUAACCCCUUAGAAAGCAUCGUUAGCUGGGAAAAAGGAAUUUUACCAGAGAUCGAUCACUGAACUCUGGGGAACCCAAAUGCCAGAAAGACUUAGGAUCUCCAAACAUAAUCAUUUCCUUCUUAUGACAAUUACGUAUGGUAAUAUGCAAGGCAGCAGGAAGAAUGUCCGGGGACACCUUAAUGUCCAGAGCCUAGUUUCCUGGAGGAAAACAUUUCAGCUGUGGUAGGAUUGAGAACCAUUCACAGAGAUUCUUCCUUCCUUUCUACUUAUCUCUCUUCCCUGGAACUUGGUUCAUCCCAAAUAAUGACUUUGGCAGUUGUAGAGUUAUUUGAGUUCCACAAUCAGUGAACCCCAAAAUACACACAAAUGGCCUGAAUAGUGAAUGAAUCUCCUUCCCCGUCCUAAUUCAGCAGGGGGAGCCUGGCACCUUUAAGGAUCUUUCUGAAAUGAAUCUAAUUUUAUCCUGCCUAUGUCUUCUGUGAAUAUGAAGUUUAUUUAUUAAUUAAAUGCAACUUCAAGGUCUCCAGUCCCCCAAUUUGAAACUUUUGUUCUAUGAGGUAGACAAAAAACCGCUUCUGCCUCUCUUAGAAGUUCAACUUUCUUGCUCCAUAUUGAUCUCUGUUCAUUUCAUCAUAGGUCCAGGGAAUGAAAACAUAACUAAAUACUGGAAAACAUAAAUGCAUACAUUUCCCCAUUCCUAGGUUAGCAGUAUGAUAACUAAUGCAAUUCAGGAAGCCGACGCUUAGUGCUUAUGUUAGGAUUUAAAGCAUCAUUGAGCAGAGUGAAGAGAAUACUCGUGUUCAAAUUCCAAUUUACUAGCUAUGUCAUUGGGGGCAAAUGACUGGUUUCACUUUACUUCACUUUCCUCACCUUUGAAGUGUAAGUGUUGAACUAGACAAAAGCUUUUUUAAACUGGAUCAUGAUCCCAUAUGUGGUCUCAUAACUGAAUGUGAGGGUCACAAAAUUAUAAUUUAGU